AAGACUGAAGUAGUAUUUCAAAAUAUUAGAAAACGAAAUAUUAAAUUAAAGUGUGUGAGAAUUCAAAACGACGCGCGAAAACCCACAUACAUAUAAAAGCCAACUUCAGGUCAUCAGGAAAAAUGGCGUUCAUAUUGAUUAACACCACAAUUAACUGUAAGAAACGUAAAAUAUUAAGCUUUUUAAGCAGUUUUAUUGGUAUAUAGCCAUGUAUUUAACAAGCCAAAAAAGUUGAGCUGGGAAGGUCAUUUAGAUUCCACUGAUCAAAAUAACAAUAUUACAAUGACAUCCGAAGAUCUUUUACAACCAGGACAUGUUGUCAAGGAGAGAUGGAAGGUGGUGAAAAAAAUUGGUGGUGGUGGGUUUGGGGAGAUUUAUGAAGGGUUAGAUUUAAUCACAAGAGAACAAGUGGCACUUAAGGUAGAAUCUGCAAGGCAACCCAAGCAGGUGUUAAAAAUGGAAGUGGCAGUUCUUAAAAAACUACAAGGAAAAGAACAUAUAUGCAGAUUUAUUGGCUGUGGUAGAAAUGAUCGAUUUAACUAUGUUGUGAUGCAACUGCAGGGGCGUAACUUGGCAGAACUGAGAAGGGCCCAACCCAGAGCUGCCUUCAGUUUGUCCACGACUUUGCGAUUAGGUUUACAAAUUCUUAAGGCCAUCGAAAGUAUACACUCUGUCGGAUUUUUACAUCGUGAUAUUAAACCUAGUAAUUUUUCAAUGGGUAGACUACCGUAUAAUUGUAGGAAAGUUUAUAUGUUAGAUUUCGGCCUUGCCAGGCAAUAUACGACGGCCACAGGUGAGGUGAGAGCGCCACGCGCGGCAGCUGGUUUUAGAGGCACUGUACGGUACGCUAGUAUCAACGCUCACAAAAAUAGAGAAAUGGGUCGACAUGAUGACUUGUGGAGUUUAUUUUACAUGUUAGUGGAGUUCGUGAACGGACAGUUGCCUUGGAGGAAAGUUAAAGACAAAGAACAAGUAGGAUUGAUGAAGGAAAAAUACGAUCACAGGUUAUUGUUAAAACAUUUACCGUCCGAUCUCAAACAGUUUCUCGAUCACAUUCAAAGUUUGGAGUACGCUGACAAACCCGAUUAUCAGAUGCUGAUAUCUUUAUUCGAGCGGUGCAUGAAGCGCAGAGGUGUUAAAGAAACUGAUCCGUACGACUGGGAGAAACCAUCUCAGACCGACAACCAAGUGGUUACGCAGCAACCAGUGACGGGUACGACCACUCAACAAGCUACAGCUCCAACGACAGUUCCAAGACACACCCGACACACUCCUACAACGGAUAACAACCAGGAGAAUAUAGAGCCCACGGACAACAAAGAGGCCCAAAUAGACGCCCGAAGACGUAUAGAAACAGAAAAUACGGCGCCUUUAGUCACCGAUACACAGAUAAAUGCAACGAGGGCGACCGUUGAUAAGAACUGCAAUGCUACAGCUGUGGAACAAGUUCAAGCUCGCAAACGACGAGCCACAUCCCACCUCGACCAACCUCCCGACCGGCUAGACAACGACGCUGUAGCUUCAGCAAAAUCCACAUCAGACGCUGUUAAACCAGCGCCAUUGCGUAAGAGCCAGUCAGGAGUGGCUACGGUAGGCCGAUUGCGAGUAGUCACUCCAGCGCCUGCUACGCAAGUGCAGACGACUGCCAGUCUGGUUGAUUCUCCAGCCACUCCUGAGCAGGAACGACCAAGAAGGAGACCACCGUCAGCAGCUAGAAGUUCUCGAUCCGGCGUAAGGGACCAGAGUUUGACGCAAUUCGCUGUUAUGGAUGAUGAAAACGUUAGCCAACAGAUGACAAGAGGAGGUGCAUUGACGUUGGCCAGUCAAUGGAAGUCGCAAUUCGACGACAGCGAGGAGACCACCGAUAACGAAUGGAAACCUGAGAGUCCCGAACACAGAGGUACUCUCGGAGCCCAGUCCGAGGCUGCCGCAGUACUGCCUCCAAUACUUUCUAGAAUAAGCGAAGAUUCUCGUACUAGUCAUAGGAAAUACAUAAAUAUUGCCGGUAUUGAAGAAUAUCCGGAGCUAGUCGGUGGACUCCCCAGAGCGUGGUCGACUCCUUGCCUAGGACCUUGUGUACGAUCCAGCUUAAAGCCUCCUCUUCUUCAACAAGCAGCCUUCGAUGAUCUCGUAUUCAAAGUGGACGUUAUGAGAAACGUGGCUUCCAAACAUGUAAUGAGCGAAAACGAUGAAGAGGUGAAACUAGCUGAUUCCCACAGAUAUUCUAGUUUGCCUGGCAUCAAUCUACCUGACGUCGAAGUAUUCAGAAACGACGAAGAGAAGCCACAAGAACAAAAUGGAGAGGAUGAAGGACUACAAGAGGUUGCUGGUAAGCUGGAGAUACGAGUAGUGCCAAAGGAGCAAGUGAACAAAGAUAAAGUUCUGAGGCCGCAAAACUUGGCUUCGAAACCCCCCAUUCAGAAUGGUAAUUCCGACAUAGCUGCCGAACAUAAUAAUGAUGUCCAAACAACUAAUAAGGAGUCACCACAGAAGCCAAAGAUAGAAAGGACCAAGAGCAUCUUAAAGCAGAGCAGCAAAGAGAGGAGCGAUCCCCAAGAGUUGUCCAGUCCCAAAAAGGAAAAUAUUUCAUUUGCUCCGGAUGUUUUAGAUAAUAAAUGCGACGAUGUCGAAAGUAGUAAACCAGCGGAAAGCAUUACAGUAGAGGUUCAGACUAAAGAAGAUUGCGAGACGCAAUGUAAUUUAGAAAAGAAUGUAGAACUAGAAACUAGAAAUCCAAAUAGCAGUUUUGCGGAGACUGGACUGCCUCCUAAGACUAGUGAUAAAAUAAUUGGCACUGAAGUACCCGCGGCGAAAGCAGAAGGCGAGUCCAGCAGUACCGAGACCGACCACAAAGUGCCGAAAGAAGCAUCUCAUCAAGACAGUUUAGAAAGCUACCGAAAAAAGAAAGUCCACCGGAAGUCCAGCAUAAAUUUGGACCAAGGUGAUCCUUUGUGUCGUAGCAAUUCUCUCAAAGCCGUUUCCAAACCUUUAGAGGCUGUGAAAAAUAACUUGGUAGACUCUAAGUCGUCGGAGAGCAGUUCGAGCACUCAGUGUCGAAAACAAGAUGGCGACGACAAAGGAGAGAACAAAGAUCGGGUGAGAAGUUCGCAGGGAUAUGAUCUCGGGACGAAUACAAACAAUGUUACGUUUGUGUCCACUACUAGCAUUCCAGAGCAGAGAGAGAAAAGAUCCAUCGGUUCCAUCGCGAAUGGGCUUAGCCCGGGAAUGGAUGAACAGUCUGAGUAUUACGAUGCUACCGAAAAUCCAAUAAUCAAAGACAAACGCCAAGAGCAGGACGAUGAAGAUAGUGGCGUUGACAACGCUAGCCAAAUAUUAAGGGAGACCUCGGUAAGUCCUGCGAUGGAGGGUCGACUCUCAAAAAUUCCAGUAGCUGUUAGUGGUCAACGUUUAGCCAAAUGCAUGUCUUGGUCGGGCGACUUGACGCCAGGACUGCGACGACGUAGGCAAAACAAUGAUAAAUACGUCACGGAUCCCAGCCAGCUUAAGCUUAGAUUCAAAAGGCAUUCUAGUAGUGGUAUUUCACCUCCCCUAACGAACAUAGUAAGAACAUUGAGAUGGAUGCGAGAUCGAACUGUGACAUGGUUUUUGUGUAAUUUCAGGUCUACGGGUACGAGGCAUCUCAACGUGCCUCAUAGACGCUCCGGAGAGUUCGCCAGAGUCGUCCGAGGGACCGCCCCCUCCGCCGCCCCAAGGUGAUCCGCCGUCGGAGUCGCAGGUGCGUUGCCGUCGAUUCAGACCCGUCACAUAACCUCACUUUUGUUGUAAAGGGUGCGAGGCACUGGACAUAAUUUUUUAAUUAUUUAAUUGUGAUUCGGGAUGAGGGUCCCGGCUUGUUUUAUUGAAAAAGUUCUUCAGAAAAUAAAAAAAAUUAAAGAGACAACUAGAGAUUAUAAUUAUAACAACGCAGAAAUCGUAUAGGUAGCGACACAUUCCUUCUAAGUUUUUUAGUUUUAAUUUUAUUAGUUGUUUAUUAGUAGUAGCGAUAUUUUCUUAUGUGGGUUCAGAUCAAAAAUAAAAGUCGAAAAUACCAUACUAUUAUAACAUGGUAUAUAACAUGGUGUACAAAUAAGUAACAUUUAUUAAAAAUCGCAAACUCAAACUUUUUUAUUCCGUUCGAGUGAUAAAAAACAAACCUAGCCCAAAAUUUUAAUACGUGUUUUAUACCGUAAGUUUUUUAAAUUUUCUAUAAAAGGAUUUGAUGAGAUUAAAAUUUAUUAUUGUACCUAACCUUACAUAACCUUAUAAUUGAAUAAAUUUCGGAAUUGUUGAAUUAAAAUGAUUAGAAUCUACCUUUUUAACAUAUAAUGAUUGGUAUUUUUCGCUUUUAUUUUGGAAAUAAUUCAUUCAAAAGUAAUUAAAUUCUUAAAUAAAAGACACAUUUUAGGCGUAGCGGUAGUCACUUAAAAAUCUUCCAAUUUAUAUAAGAGAAUAUGCAGAACGAUCAUUUUAAGUUAUAGACCGGGAUAUAAAGAUGUUGAUAAAUUAUACAAAAAAUACGUUAUUUUAGCAGUCGUCAAACACAGCCACAUCUUCUUCUAAAAGUGCCUAUCUUCUGGAGAUGUUGGCGACCACAUUGACCCAUCUUAUUCUAUUUACGGCAGCUCGAAAUAGAUCAGUUGACGUUAGACCAGUCCACUUCCUAAGAUUGGCCAGCCAGGAUAUACGUUUACGUCCAGGGCCUCUCCUGCCCUCAAUCUUGCCUUGUAGAAUCAACUGUAGCAGUCGGUAUUUUUCAUUACGCAUAAUGUGGCCGAAGUAAGCCAAUUUUCUGUUCUUUACGGUGUUAAUUAUUUCUGUGUCUUUUCUUAGCCUCUGGAGAAUAGUUAUAUUAGUUGUGUGGUGUAUAUAUGAGACCCUCAACAUACGUCGGUAGCACCACAUUUCAAACGCCUCUAACCGUUUUAUGGCAUCUUCUGUCAGGCUCCAGCUUUCAACUCCAUAUAGGAGGACACUAAAGACGUAACAUCUAAGAAUUCUUAUGCGUAUAUUGAUACUUAAAGACAAGUUGCACAGAAUCUUCCUAAGACUGUUAAAAGAGCUUCUGGCUUUUUCAAUACGAGUUUUAAUUUCGUAGAUAUGAUCUCUAGGGGUGUAUUGUUUACUGUAAUUUGGGCGUUUAUGUUGGUGUUUUUACUAAUGAUCAUUAUUUUUGUCUUCUUACAGUUUAAUUUUAGGCCGUAUUUGUUACAUGCUUCUACAACAUUAUCCAUGAUCCUUUGGAGCCCCUGCGCACUAUCUGCCAGCAAUACUGUAUCGUCUUCAUAUCUAAUAUUAUUUAUAAGUUGUCCAUUUAUUGCAAUACCAUCUUCUGAUUCGUCCAAGGCCUCUCUAAAGAUGUUUUGAGAGUAUAUGUUAAAUAAUGCUGGUGACAGUAUGCAACCCUGUCUGACUCCUUUUUCGACUGUGAAGAUUUCGGACAGUUCAUUUUAGAAUCGAACUGUUGCUUUUUGUUGGAGAUAUAAGUUUGAGACGAGUCUUAUAUCCUUACCAUCGAGUCCUGAUGUUCUUAGGAUAUCGAUUAGUUUUUCAUGUGGGACUUUAUCAAAUGCCUUCUCGAAAUCUAUGAAACAUGCAUACACAUCGCAGUUGACUUCCCUGGCUGUCUGUAUUAGAACUUGCAAACUGAAAAGUGCUUCCCUCGUUCCGAGUCCUGCUCUGAAUCCAAAUUGAACUUCACUCAGCUGUUCUUCUAAUUUGGUGUAUAUGCGCGAGUGAAUGAUAGUAAGGAGUACUUUAAGUACAUGGCUCAUCAAACUAAUUAAUCUAUGUUCUUCACAUUUUCUAGCGUUGGCUUUUUUGGGAAGUGGAAUGAAUAUUGAUAAUAACCAGUCUUUUGGUAAGUAACCAGUCUCGUAUAUGUUGUUGAAUAACUUCGUAUCAGCUGUAAUUUGGUGUGCCUCUAAUAGCUUUAAAAUUUCACCAUGCACCUCAUCAGGUCCUGGUGAUUUCCCAUCUUUAAUCCGCUUAAUGGCCAUAGUUACUUCUUCGUUUGUUAUUUCUGGGCCGUAAGAAUUGUCUAUUUCAUACGGACUUCUUGCAGCAUCUUCGAAUAAUCCUUGCAUAUAUUCUUUCCAUCUUCUUAAUUUAUCUUCAAUUGUAGUCAAAAUCUGACCUGCUACAUCUACGACUAUGCCUGUAUUGCGUUGUCUUCGCUAUUGCUGUAGUGUUUCAAUUUCUGUACAUUUCUCCAUCAGCCAUGCUUCUUUUGCCCCUUUUAUUUCCCUUAGUAUACUCUUAUGCAGCUUUUUGUAUUCAUUGUCAUUUCUACCUUUUAAUUUCCUUCGCUCUUCCAUCAUCUGCAAUAUUUUAUCUGUCAUCCAUUCUUGCUUCUUUUCUCUUUUUGAUUUAAGAUAUUCAUGCGAAAGUGUGUUAAUAGAUGUCUUCAUUUCGUUCCAUUGUUCUUCUAUGCCACUAGGAGCGUCUUCAACUAUUUUCGCAAAAUUCUUAGUAAUCUCUGUUUUUACUUUUUCCUGGAUGUUAUUUUCCUUCAGUAGUUUUAUAUCUAUCUUGGGUCUUAUUUUCUUAUGAAUUAUUUUUAGUCGUAUGUUGAUAUUUGCAACUAACAGACUAUGAUCUGAGAAGACAUCGGCGCCUGGAUAUGUUUUGGUUGAGGUGACAGAAUUUCUAAACCUUUUGCUUAUGUUGAUAAAAUCAAUUUGGUUUCUUAUGAUUUUCCCUGGGGUAUCACCGGGUGCUUUCCAUGUAUAAAGCCUUCUUGGAUGUAAUUUAAAAAAUGUGUUCAUUACAACCAUAUCCGUCUCUUGGCAGAAUUGUAUCAGCCUUUCUCCUCUUUCGUUUCUUGUGCCAAGACCAUAUAACCCCACAACAUUCUCGACCGUACCUUGUCCUAUUUUGGCGUUGAAAUCGCCCAUGAUGAUAGUUAGCUAAUGUUUUUGCAGUUGAUUCGGAUGUCGGUGCGUAGACCUGAAUGAUAUUUAUAUUAGAGGGACUUGAAUUAAUCUUCAAUAGCAUAACUCUGUCUGAUAUGGGCGUAAAUCCUAUUACUGCUUUGGCUAUUUCCCUUUUUACUAUCAUCGCUACGCCAUUUCUGUUUCUUGUUGUGUCAUCUCCCGAAUAAUAGAUAUGGUGUUCACCUAUAAUUUUUAUGCCAGAAUUUGGCCAUCGAACUUCACUGCAUCCUAAAAUAUCUAUGUUUAGGCAAGUCAUUUCUUGAAUAAUAUUUGCUUCCUUGCCUGCUUGAUACAUGCUUCGAAUGUUCCAUGUACCGAUCUUUUUCACUUUUGGGACAUUAUUGGCUGAUGAAUACAGCCACAUACGAAGUGAAAACUCAAUCUAGGAUGUGUAUUUCGAAGUGCCAAGUUAAAUUCAGGGAUUAUAACAAGAACUGACAGGGGUGUCUGAUGGAAUUUAAGCAGCUUUGAAUGUUUCACUAUUAUCCUGGAAUACCACUGAAGAUUUUGGUCAGGACUUCAGGUAUUACAGGAUUGUUUUGGAAUGGUUCAUGGAUUGGGAGUACUUCAGAGCAGUCUGAAGUGUUUCAGGGUUUUAGGCCAACCUGGACCGUCGUUGGUGUUAGUGUGGUUAGUUGGUGAUCGACUCCGGACAUUUUCUCUCAGGAUUUGUAUCUAAAGAUUAUCUUCACUGGUUCCUAAGUAGGUCCGCGUGUCUCUGAACUCAGUAGUUCUCAGUUAGGUCGCUUAUUAUAGUGAACUGACGAAGGCAGAUGUUUACAAGAACUUGGAGCUCAUUUUUAGAUGACGUUACAUUCAAAAAGUGUCAAUUUCCAUCAUCAAUGGUGGUACAGCCAUUAGAAGAUCUCGACUUCCUUUCUUGGGCCAAAUGAUUAAGUUUUGUACCCGGGUUUUUCAAUUUCUAGCAGCUGCAUCUUGCUUACUUACUUACUUACUUACUCCGUGGCGUUACAAUCCUUCGUGGGUUUUAGCCGACUCGACAACAUGCCUCCACUGUUCUCUGUCUUGAGCAACCUCCAUCCAAUGCUCCACGCCCAUAGACGCCCAUAGUGUUCAGGUCUUCUGUGCUGCUGCAUCUUGCGACAAUAAUUUUAAAUGUUCCUGUUAAUUAUUGCCACUGUCACAAAUGAUAACUGAAUAGAACGAUUUUUACUACUACUUCAACAUGUUAACCUCAAUGUGAGCCAUCUCCUAAGGCAGCACAGAUAUGGAGCGAAGAUUUACCACCCUUGAGAAUGCCAUUCGGGUGAUACAAGUCAUUGGACCGAAUAGGAUUAAUUCAUGUAAUGAGGAAUCACUCCAUCCUGUCCCAAUGUUCCAGACUAUCCGCCCCACCCCCGAUAGCACUCUGAUGCGAUAUAGGGGCUCUCUAACAGCAAAGUGCUUAUCGUGUGGGAUUCUUCCAUACUCGAAAUCCUACCCGGAAGAAUGCAGGCCAGCGUGAGGCGCUGUAUUCUCGCUGUCUCUAGUGACUUAUCUUCGAUCUAUAUUGCUUGCUCUGGCCUCGAUUCUCCACUUUAGCCUACGUCCAGUUCGGUGACUCGGCGCUCGAGGAUGUGGGCCCAUCUUUUAUGUUUUUUGGGGUUUUUUUUAGUAUUUUUUGUAGCUUGCGCCUUUUGUUAGUGUUUUAUUAAUUUUUUUUUUGGUGGCUGAAUCUGUUUUUUGUGUUUUUUGAAGGUUGUCAUCUUGGUACGCGCGUUGUCUUCUUUUGAUAGAGCUACGAUUAUCUAGACUUUCUUAUAUGUUUCUAAUAUUUGCUGUUUGGGUCUUCUGUGCUUCCAUCUAUGGUACACAUCAUAUCUUAAUAUGACUCACAGGUUUGGGUGGUCUUCUAGAGCAUCGAAUUUUGUUCUGGAUUUUCCACCGUCAUCUCCAGUACCCUUAUUUGUUAUAGGUCUCUGACUAGGAACCGCUCAGCGACGUAUCUGGACACGUUUGCAGCUUCUCUAAGGGGCAGUUGUUGUGUGCUGCUUGAAUCUUCUUUUUGUUGCUAUGACCUGUAUGCUUGUUUAUCGGUCUUAAUUUUGUUUUCCUAGCUAAUUUGCUUCUUCUUCCUGCGAGUCCUCUUAUUGCUGUUCUGGUCGUUGCUGUUUUCUGGACUGUCGAGGUAACAUGUAAUGUGAAUGUUAGAGCUUGGUCCAUUGUGACUCCUAGGUGUUUGGUCAUUCGAUGGGUCUAUGUUGCACUGUUAGCCGUUGGAUACAAUUUUCCAUUGGAUAUUCCAUUCUUCUAUCGUAUUCAGUGCCGACCGUAGAUUUCUUACAUCUAUAUCCAAGUUUCAGAGUUUUGCCGCGAUUGCGGUGUCGUCUGCGUAGAGACUGAUUAGUGUUCCGGGUGUUCUUGGAACGUCUGCUGUAUAUAUACUAUACAGGAGGAGUUAUAAGACUGUCCCCUGCGGUACUCCAGCUUCCGAGAUUCCGUGUUCAGGUAUAACUGGUCCUAUGUGAGCGGCCGUAGUGACACGGCAUAAUCGCUGGCCUCAUACGCCAGUGCACGUGGGUUCGAGCCCUGCGAAAGACAUCCAAUUUUUCAUUUCUAAAAAUGAUACGAGCCGUCUCACCGUGACUCGGAGAGCACGUUAAGCCGUCGGUCCCCUGGGCUAGUGUACAUCGACACUAGUUACUUGAAACAGGGUUAAAGAUGUAAAUGGCGCCGGAACAAUCCGAAAGGAUCUCCCCGGCAAAAAUGCCAUAAGAUAUUAUUAUUAUUAUUACUGGUCCUAUCUUGACCCUGAACUUCCGGUCGCUUAAGUACGAGGAGAUGAGUUUCAUCAUGACCCCGCUGUAUCUAUAAUCUCUCAUAUUGUAUCAGUCCUUCAACACAGCGGUAGCUAAUACCUUGCAGAUACGCUACUGAAACGAUCGACUUUUAGGAUAUCAAAAAUGCUAUAGAGCGUUUCACUAAGAACGGAACGUUGCUUAGAUAGGGCAAUGUAUUUCUUAUGGACUAUAAAAGCUCGCCGAUGCCAUGCCGUACUGAUUGGCAGUCAAGUAGCUACCCGUGUCCGAGAGGUUUGGCAACACUGAUCUCCAUAAGCUCAACGUUCCGUUCUUAACGUGAAACAAAGUAUAGAAAACAAAAAUGUCUAAUUUGUCUCAUCAGUUUUAGAAGAAAAUAAGGUUUAUUACUGUUCUAAGAGAUCAUUCUGUAUAUUAUGGCUUCUUCUGAACCUUAUACCAUGCUUAGCUUGUACAGUUACGAAUAAUUAAACAACAGUAUAUCUCUAGCAAGUGCGUUAAAGUAAAAACCUUAGAAGGAGGUGCCUCCUUUUUGAAUCUCACUAAGCAUUACUAUAGUUUAAGGUAGUAAUGAAUCGAUAAGACAAAAAACGUCUUGUUUGACAAGAUUUUUGAGGAAUAAUGUGAAAAUGUGAUUUUUCUCUAUAAAGUUUAGUCACGCUGUUUUCAAGCGGUGGUGCAACACUUGUAAUUGUUUUUGUUUUUCGUUUACCAUUAGUUUUUGUUUUAAAACCGUUGUUGACUCGACAAACAUGUUUAUAAAUUGGCGAGAAUGAUACACCAGGGUAGGAUUAGACGAAAUUUUAAAUUAGUCCAAUUUAGGUAGAAAUUAAUACAUUUUGGUAGGUGUUAAAGAAAAUAAAUUAGAUUUUUUAAUUAUGAUCAUUUAGUACUUCUUCGUUUAGUGCGUCUAUCAAAGAGGGGGGAUUUUAGUGAUGAACGACGCCAUCAAAAUGAAAAUAAAGUUUCAAUUAUCGUUGAAGAUGAUUAUAUUUUCAAAACAACUUCGCUUGUCCCUUUUCCGCCAUCCAUUUAGCUACAUUCUUUUUUGUAAGCAUGAAGAUAUAAAUAUUUUAUGCAUACAAUGAUUACAAAUCAUUUGGAAACGUUUAUUUCCAGCGAUCAGAGUGGUAAAAUAUGGAGAAAAAAGGCAAAACAUCUGAAUACUAAAUUCUAAGAAAGAAUAUGUAUCAUAUGUGCAUAUAAGGCCAAGUAGGUUGUUCCUACUAUCCUAGAUUCCGACAUCCUGCUUUUGUGUUGAUUCCACUCUUCUUUUCUGUUCUUUAGCAAGGUAUUUGUCUAUCCCACAUAUGCGUCUGAUUUCCUCUCUUCUUACCCUGUCCUGUAGUAAUUUUUCCAGCAAUCCUUCUUAAGAUCUUCAUGUCGUUGGUGUCCAGAUGUCUUUGUGUUUUGCUUGUGUCUAUUUGCCUUAUCACAAAAACUGCAUCGUUACAUGAUCAUCCCCUUCUAAAUCAUUGUUGUUUAUCUGAUAUAAUAUGGGGGUAUGCCUGCCAUUAUUUUCUCCAUUAGUAUUUUUUUUACUGUUAAACCUAGUAGUAAACGUACUUAUUAAAUUAUGUGCUUUAAAUUAUUUGAAGAUCGGUGUGGAUUAUGUUUUCCUUAUCUCGUUUUACAAAAUAUUUUUACUACAGUUGACUAGAAGAAGAUUGUUGGCUCCUAAUGCUUUUGACUAUUUUCGGUGAUAAGUUAAUUGCGGUGUUAUGUUAAAUAUUUAUCAAAAACAGUUUUAGACGCACGUUAUUUACAUUGAAACUGCCUAAGGGUACUGCGUAGUGCUUUACAUAAUCAAUAUUGGGUCUUGUUUAUGUAACCUUAAAUGAUAAAAAAGAUUAAGGCUUUAAUUCGUUAUGCACACGACACUAAUGAUUUUGCAACCAAAAAAAUACGAAAAACGAAGUGAUAAUUUGAUUUCGUUGAACAGGUUUUACAAAAAAUGUCUUCCUUAAUUUUUUAUAAAAAUUGUUUAUUAUUUGGAAAAGGAUAUGAAAUUCUUUACUUUGAAACUAUAAUUAUAGAGAUGAUAAACUAAGUAAAAUAUAUCUUGAAAAUAGAAUGUCAAUCAGUUAAGAAAAAACUUGUAAGAAAGAUCUAGGACCUAGGAUAAAGUAAUGUAGAAAAAACUAGCUGUUUGGAAAUUAAAUAUUCCAAAUUAAAUGAUUAAAAAAUAUAUUUUUAAUGGCCAAUAAUAAUUUGUACAUCACACCACAUUAUCAACAUCACAGCAAUUUAUCCCCCCAAAUAAAAGGGAUUAAAAAAUAGAUAAAAUUUGAACCUUGGAAAAAAUGUUGGUGUCGAACGUAUGAAAACAAUCCAAAUGCAAGAUAUACUAUUGAAAAUAUAUUGGAGAAUCACAUCUAAUGUGGUUGAAAUAGGAGAGAAAUUCAGCCGGAGAGGUGUUUAAGAGAUACAUAUAUACUAUGGUCAUGAUUAUGGUAGAUCGGGACAGGGCGCAUUAUGAGCCCUUCGGACACUUAGAUCUUCUAAGCCGGGUCCUUUGUAUCAUCCUUAUCAUCCUGGCUAGGACCAUAAGGACCUAGUCUUCGGCGUUUCUUCAGCCUACAAUAUUCCGGUCUCCCAGAUUCCAGGCUGAUAGAAUUAGCAGAGGCACUAAAUAUGAGCUCUUUCUGCCGAUCCGAACGUCAAAUCCUUUAGUAAACCUGGCCUAUCUAACUUUCUGAUCAUAUAUCUUACAUCAUACUCGUAAUCAGCUAAUAUGACCUGGACGUCAGCAAAGUGAAAAGUUUAUCGUCAUUGAUAUGGGGAAAUACAUUCUUAUUUUCUAAUCUUAUUCUUAUUUUUUUACUUCUCAGAAUAUAUCUCUUAGUUCACACUGACCCAGAUAUUCCACCUCCAUAAUCUUGUUGGUUGUUUAUCAAGGAAUAUUCACCACUAUAUUGCACUGUAUUUUGAAGCACAAUUCGAUAUAAUUUUAAAUUUGCAACUCUUGAAGUAUUAUUGGAGAUUAAAAAAAUGCAGAAAGUCCAACCCGAUUUCGUUGCUCUCGCACUUAUUUUCUCAGUUUUUGACAGAACUUCACCACCCUUAUUAACUAUUGUUCAAUCAACAUUUCUUAAUUCUUCUUCUUGUGGUGUUAUCUCCUUUAGUGGAGGUUAGCGAUUACAUUGGCAAAGCUGUCUCUGUCCAAUGCGUUAAGUGUCCAAAGAUGUUGAAUCAUGCCCGGUCCUUUAUCAAUUCUUCUUGAAAUAAUUUAAAUAUUUCCAACAACCAUUUCUCUUUUUGUUUCGGAACUGCGACAACGGUUCUCUGAUCUCUUACAUCUCGAUUGUGUCCAAUUAUUAUUAUAUCAAAAUUUUAACAAAAAGUAAUAUAAAAACUACACUUGGGAGCAAAAAAUCGACUCACUCGAUGAGUUAUACACGUUGAUGUCUCCAAUUCCCUAAACCUGUUGUCCGAUUUGAGUGAUUUUUUAGUAUGUUAUAGCCUUAGUAUUUAAGAAAAUCAGUCUAAUAAUAUUGUUGCUAGGCAGGUAAAUUGUCAUUGUAUUCCGGGUGUACCAAUCAAACUGUGUUUUUUCCUUAACCUUCGGAUGACCAAGGGGGUAAAUUUGGACCCCAGCGUUUUUUUUUUAAUAAAUUCAAAAGUAUUUUCAAUUUUUAACUCAUUUUUUUUAUUUGCCUUUAAUAUCAUUCUAGAUAUCCUCAUAUUUUGAAAUAAAAAAAAUUCCCUAUGUUUUAAGAAUAAAAAAUAUAUUCUGAAGUUGAUGUUUAGUAAAAUACCGUCUAUUAUGUGGAAUUCCAAGUAGUUCUACACUGCGCGUUAUCAAAAUCUAUUUUUAGACUGUGGUGCCUGUUAUGUACGAAUCAUGACAUUCCUGUCCGCUACAGUUAGUCAUUAUUAUUAUUUCCUGGCGUAUAUUAUUAUAGUUUCUUAGUAUUUUGUGUACAUAUAAGAUAUGGCCCGCAAAUAUCUUACUGAGACUGAGUUACAGGAAAUUGUUACUGCUAGCGAUUUUUAUGAUGAUAUAGAAGAUGAAAUAGUAUCAGAAAACGAGGAUGUAUUGUUAGAUGAAGAUUUAAAUGCUGAAAACAUUACCUGGGGUCAUUUUUUACCCCCGUUGGUCAUCCGUGUAACAAAAAAAGGUUGGUCAUCGGAAGGUUAAAGUUCGGAACACCCCGUGAAAUAUUCUAGCAUAUAUAAAAUAUUUAAAUUAUAAAUAAAUUGUAGCCUUAGGGUUUCUUACCAUUUUGUUUUUUGAUUCAUUCGCCUAUGUUCGAUAAUAAUAGAGAUAUGUACUUUUAUAUUACAAAUGAGGUAUGCUAUUUGGUCGUGAUCAAUAUCAUUCCAAAUCUCGAGAGCUACUAUCUCUACCUCUUGUAAGGUUCUAGGAGGUGGCAAACGCUGUCGUAGUCUUCUGCCAAUUAUGUCCCAUAAUUGUUCGAUCGGGUUAAGAUCUGGACUAGGCGAUGGACAAUUCGAAGUCCGAAGAUAUACCUGUUGUAAAUAUUCGGUUACAGUUGGUGAAUGUGAGGUCUUUCAUUAUCGUGCAUUAACAAAAAAUUGUUACCAAUAUAAGGAGCCGAUAGCAUGGUGGCUAACUCCUUCGCUAUGAAUAUCACUACUUGAACACACUCGUCUCAGGUCAAAUUUCUUGUAGCGCGUUCCAUUUCCACCAAACAACAAAAAAAAACAACGGACUUCAUUGAAACUUUAAAUAAUAAAUCUACUAAUUUUCACAAUAAACCAGACACUUUUUGACUGUUAACAAUUUGAUAUCCAUUAAAUUAUUAAUGUCUCAUGUCCUACUUUAGUCUUGUUUAUUAAACUAAGCAGAAAAUGAGGAUUUAUUGAUGAAAAACGUGGCUAGUUGUUAACGUAGGUAACUUUUUUAUUAUCCAACAUAAGCAAAUCAAUCAAAAAAAAAUGUUAAUAAAGCCUAAGUCUACAAUUGAGUUUGAAUUUCAAUAUUUUAUAUAUGUUAGAAUAUUCCACAAGGUGUUCCGAACUUUAAGGAAAAAACACAGUAUGAUUGUUACACCCGGUAUAAAAAGCCAUUUACCUGCCUAGCAACAUUGUUAUUACAGCGACAUUGUUAAAGAAUAAGGCUAUAACGUACUAAAAAAUCACUCUAAUUGGACAACAGGUUUAGGAAAUUAGAGACAUCUAACGUGUACAAUUCAUCGAGUGAAUCGAUUUUUUUGCUCCCAAGUGUAGUAGGUACCAAACUGCGUCAAUUUUGUCUAUGGCAAGCUUUAGACUACCUUUUUAGCGCCAUCCUUGGAAACACAGCCUUAAGCGGCCACUCACUAUCAGGUACACCUGUCUGGACCUCGAUUUUUGAUCCUUUGCUUCGUUAUCGAACGCAUUCGCUUCGUAGGUAUCUGUUUAGUGUACAGAUAGCGAAUGAUCGAUAACGAAGCGAAGGGUCAAAAAUCGAGGUCCAGGUGUACCUGAUAGAGUGUGCGGGAAUAACUAACCCUCAUAUGACCUAAAAGCACACUAAACUCCACACACUACCUGAUAGUGAGUGACCGGCCUUAGUUUUCAUAAAAAAGCACUAAUAUUACAGUAAACAGUAAACGUUUAAAGAAAUGGUUUUAGAAAAUAUGUUUCACCAAAAUUUCGUCUUGUUUGAUAGGUAUUAAAAAAAUUACCGGGAUACAAAGAAUUGUAGGAUUUACGUAAAGUAACGUAGUUGGUGUAUUAUGCUCGUCAAUUUUUCGGUCGAAUAUUUUGCUACGCUGAAAAAGAGUAAAGUUCUAGUCGCAAGUACUGUUAUUUUUUUAAACCGGUACUUGAUGAAUUCUAGUCAAGUAGUUCUACAGAAAAAAAUAUUAAAGAAGUUAAUACUCUGUAAAAUAAUGAUAUUGCAAAAAUACUAGCUAUAAAAAAUUGUACUGUAACUCGUUAUUAAUUUCUAGACUGCUGAAAAAUUGUUCUUAUUAUUUUUUUGUUUUACAUUUUUUUGUUUCAUUACUAGUGCAUUAUAAAUUAUUAUAGUUACAAUUGAAUCAAAUAAAAAUCUUUUAUUUAUGAAUA